AUGUCUUCACCAGCCUACAAACCACUCAACACAGGCUGCGCUUUCUGCAAAGGUACCCAGAACCUAUCCCGCUGCGCCAGCUGCCAAAUCUCCACCUACUGCUCCCGCGAGCACCAAGUAACCCACCGAGCCUCCCACAAAAAAACCUGCAACGCCAUCAAAAAAAGCCAGAGAAAAGGUCGUCUCCGAAGAGACCGAACUACGCAACGCACCCCCAGACUUCAUGAUGCCAGCCAACGUCUUCGAAACCUCCAUCGGCCACUUCUGGGGCAUCAUGGGCACGCGGGAUUACAUGCGCGCGCGCUUCGGGCUGGUAGAAGCUAUCAUGGAGCUGAAGCAUGAAAGGAAGGCGGUGGUGGAUGCGCUGGAGCAUUUGAUGGAUUUGUUGAGGUUGUGUCGGAGUGAUAAUAUGGGGGUUAGGGAGAUGGUUCCGCAUCUGAUGUUGAGGCUUGAUCGGGAUCAGGAGGCGUAUGAUUUUGUUAAGUGGUAUGAGACGGAGGGGCAGAGGGGGGAUUAUGAUUGGGGGGAUAUGGAUCUGCCGUUUUUGGAUAUGAAGGAUGCGGAUGUUUGGGACGAGGUGGGGAUUUUUUGUGAGGAGUAUCGGGGUCUUUCGUUUGUGGUUGCAGUGACUUUUUUGAAGGUUAAGAUGUUGAUUGAUCUUCGUGCGCUUAAGGAGGCGGCUGCUGUGAGUGGGAAGGUUCCUGAGGAGUAA